AGGGAGUCCGUCUCCUGCACGACGAGCGUUCGGCAGGUAACAGGUGCGUCCGAAACAACAUGGGAAAUGCAGACACCAAACUUCACUUCAGGAAGGCGGUGAUCCAGCUGACAACCAAAACGCAGCCUGUUGAAGCCACAGACGAUGUGUUCUGGGACCAGUUCUGGGCCGGCUCUAUCACCGUCCAGGAUAUAUUUUCCCUAGUGCCUGCUGCAGAGAUCAGAGCUGUCAGAGAGGAGUCUCCUUCAAACCUGGCAACACUCUGCUACAAAGCAGUGGAGAGACUAGUCCAGUGUGCAGACUCCAGCUGCCCCUCAGAUAAGGAGCACCAGAUUGUGGUGAACUGUACCCGCCUGCUGACCCGGGUACUGCCCUAUAUCUUUGAGGAUGCUGACUGGAGGGGCUUCUUCUGGUCCACCAUCCCUGGAGCCAGCAGAGCAGGGUGUUUGGAUGAAGAUGUUGACGAGAACGACGUUCGUCCACUGGCUGAAUCACUGCUCUUAGCCAUCGCUGACCUGCUCUUCUGUCCAGACUUCACCGUCCAGAGCCACAAGAAGAGCAGCCCGGACACAGCUGAGGAACUUCAAUCCAUAGACAGCUGUGAGUAUAUCUGGGAAGCUGGGGUGGGCUUCGCUCAGUCCCCCCCUCUGAACUACAUCUACGACCUCAACAGGACUGAGCUGCUGAAGUUGCUUCUCACCUGCUUCUCUGAAGCCAUGUACCUUCCUCCUUCCCCUGACAGAAAAGUCCUCAACCCCUGGGUCUCUUUCUUCUGCUCCACGGAGAAUAGACAUGCCCUGCCUCUUUUCACAUCCUUGUUGAAUGUAGUCUGUGCCUAUGAUCCUGUGGGGUACGGCAUUCCAUAUAACCACCUGCUGUUCGCCGACCACCGGGAGCGGCUGGUGGAGCAGGCCUUGCAGAUCCUCGUCGUUACUCUGGAGUAUGAAGGUGGAUCCGCUGCAAGUGCUGCCCUCCAAGCCCUGGAUUCCUCCGCAUCCCCUUCAUCUAAAGAGGAGCCAGAGCCAACUGGACCUGACAACCUCUUUGUUAAUUAUCUGUCCAGGAUACACAGGGAAGAGGACCUGAGCUUCAUUCUCAAAGGUCUGGCUCGUUUGCUCAACAACCCUCUGGUUCAGACUUACCUACCUCGAUCCACCAAAAAGAUCCAGUUCUACCAGGAGCUAUUGAUCCUCUUCUGGAAGUUCUGUGACUUCAACAAGAAAUUCCUGUUCUUUGUCCUGAAAAGCAGUGAUGUAUUAGAGAUGCUGGUUCCCAUCCUCUUCUAUCUGAACGAUGCCAGAGCAGAUCAGUCUCGAAUGGGCCUUGUGCACAUCGGUGUGUUCAUCCUGCUGUUGUUGAGUGGAGAGAGAAACUUUGGCGUUCGCUUGAACAAGCCAUACACUCUCUGUGUACCCAUGGAAAUUCCUGUUUUCACAGGAACCCACGCUGACCUGCUCAUAGUGAUCUUUCACAAAGUCAUCACCAGCGGACACCAGCGACUCCAUCCGCUGUUCGACUGCCUGCUCACAAUCAUAGUUAACAUUUCACCUUACCUGAAGAGUCUGUCCAUGGUGGCAGCUAACAAGCUGAUCCACCUCCUGGAGGCCUUCUCCACACCUUGGUUCCUCCUGUCGGCCUCCCAGAACCACCAUCUGGUCUUCUUCCUGCUCGAGGUCUUUAACAACAUCAUCCAGUAUCAGUUUGAUGGUAACUCCAACCUAGUGUACGCCAUCAUCCGUAAGCGUAAUGUAUUCCACCACCUGGCCAACCUGCCAACUGAUGUGUUGUCUAUUCAAAAAGCCGUGCAAAAGAAGAAGUUGGGGAUUUCCCGGAUCAAUUCUACAGACAAUGAAUCCAUGGAAGGCUCCAGAGCUGCUGCUCCUGCUGAGCCUGGCACACUCAAGGCCAGUUUAGAGGCCACUCCAGGAAUCGAUAAUAUAACAGAGAAGUCUCGGGUGAGUGAGGAUGGGACGAUGGUUGCUGUGCUGAGUUCCCACUUCCCCCACGCACCUGCCGACGGCGGCACAAUCACCAGAGCCAGUGAUACCGAGUCCAACUCAGAGAGAGACCAUGAGACCUACAAUACACCAUCAGAUGUAUCGAGGAGUCGAGUGUCAAGUGUGUCAUCGACAGCCUGGAGCGCUAAUCCCGACUGGAUGGUGUCAUGGAAAGCCAAACUCCCGCUGCAGACCAUUAUGCGGCUGCUCCAGGUGCUGGUGCCGCAGGUGGAGAAGAUUUGCAUCGACAAGGGUUUGACAGACGAGUCAGAAAUCCUCAAGUUCCUGCAGCACGGCACACUUGUUGGCCUCCUGCCUGUCCCUCACCCCAUCCUCAUCAGGAAGUACCAGGCCAAUAAUGGUACGGCCAUGUGGUUCCGUACCUACAUGUGGGGGGUCAUCUACUUACGAAGUGUUGACCCUCCAAUCUGGUACGACACAGACAUAAAGUUGUUUGAGAUCCAGAGGAUUUAGAGAAGCUACUGAAGACAAAUGUGGCCAAACUGUGCAGGUUUCUCUUCAACAUUUCUGGGCUGAAUAGAAAUGCAUAAACAUCUCUUUCUAAAUGAAUGAAAUUAAAAUUCAUAUAUCUGU